AUGCACAGUAUUAUUAUACUAAGUUUUCUUCUUUCGGCUGGAUUUUUAGCAUCUAUUCUUUCAUGUGCAUUGUUUUCUAACUGGUAUCCGUUUUUUGUUAUUGUGAUUUAUACGUUUGCACCUCUGCCCAAUAUUGUAUGUAACAGGAUAUUGGAUACAAAUGAUUUUACAAACGAUACAUUUGGAAGUGGUGUUCAAGAUGUCGGCCGAUUUAUAACAGGGAUGUUAGUGGUUUCAGGCAUUGGUAUGUCUUUGAUUUAUAAAAUAGCAUUAAAUAAAACAUAAAAGCGUUACCCAUUAUGCUAGAACAU